UAAACAUCUCAAAUGCAAUAUUUUCUCAGGAAAAAAGGGAAAGCCCAUUUUCUGUGAAAAUGGCGAAGAAGAGCACAUCCAUACAAGCCUUAUACGACCUCUGCAAAAAGACCUUUUCUCCUUCAGGAACACCUCCUCCUUCUCAAGCUAUUCACAAACUCUCCUCUCUUUUGGACACAAUUGGUCCUGCUGAUGUUGGGCUGAGAGAGGACAAUCCAGAGGAUGACCGAGGGCAUGGCAUCUUUGGACUUAAUGGAUUUAAUAGGAUAGCUCGAUGGGCUCAACCAAUAACAUACUUGGAUAUCUUUGAAUGUAAUAGUUUUACGAUGUGCAUAUUCUGCUUUCCUACUUCUUCAGUUAUUCCACUUCAUGACCAUCCUGGGAUGACUGUUUUGAGCAAAGUUCUAUAUGGCUCCUUGCAUGUGAAAGCUUAUGAUUGGGUUGAGCCUGCCCGCAUCCAGAAAGGCAAGGGACCAGGUUACUUUACAGUAAGAUUGGCAAAGUUGGCUGUGGAUAAAGUUCUAACAGCACCAGUUGGGACCUCGAUUCUAUAUCCUAAGAGUGGGGGGAAUCUGCAUUAUUUCACUGCAAUCACUCCUUGUGCUGUGCUUGACGUUCUUGCACCUCCUUACCAAGAAGCUUCUGGCAGGAAAUGUACUUACUACCAUGACUACCCUUAUUCCAGCUUCUCAACUGGAAAUGAAGCUGAGAUAAGUGGAAAAGAAGAGGACUAUGCAUGGCUUGCAGAGAUAGAAACACCAGAUGAUCUUUACAUGCGCCAGGGUGUAUAUGCUGGGCCAGCUAUUCAGGUUUAGCGCACAAUUAUCUUUGUGUCUGAACUGAUCCCCGGAACAUAUUUGAUCACAGUGACCUGACAUUCAUGAAAGGAGGUGCUUUAUAAUCGAGUUCGCCUUCGACCAACAAACAUAUUUGCAACAAGUUGUGUUGUGUGUGGUUUAUAGUUCUAUUGAGGUUAUGUGAACCAUGUACACCAUCGGUCCUUUUGUGGCUGUGUGAACUUAGGGGUCCUUUCUGUUAAAGAAUGUGCCCAAGGGGUUGUGGUUGCAGCAAAUUGGUUGCUUAAGUCUAAUACAAAAGAGGAAUGGAUUAGUGUA